AACUCGGCGUCACGGGUGUAGAAAUGAUGAGUGUGUGUCAGACACGUGUGGUGCUGAGGAGUGUGUUAGUGUGUGUACUGGUGUGUGUGUUUGAUCAGACAGUCUGUAAAAGACACACGAUCAACAAGACAGAUCGCCUGAGUGCACCUCCAGGUUUGGAGCUUCAGACAGUAAACUGCACCGCAUUUAGAAUUCAGUGGAAAAUCCCACAAAGACACAACACCAUUACUGGAUAUAGGGUAUUCUAUGCAGAGAUGAGAGACGGUCAUCCUUUCAGUCCCACCAGGACUCUAGACAUUCCUUUGACUACACAAACUCUCCUCACUGGGCAAUUUGCUAGACAGCCAAGUUUAGAUGUGGUGAUUGGAGGACUGAGUGUGGGAGCUCAGUACAGUGUUAGUGUGGCAGCGUAUCAUGAAACAGCACAGGGACGUCCCAGCAUGCUGAGGGGUAUUAGCACCGCCUCCCAGGAUGUGUGUAUGCCCCCCUCGCCUCCCACUCAGCCUGUAGUGGUUGCCUUAUCGGACACUGAACUGGCAUUGUCGUGGCUCCAGGGUGAAAGUCAGGGUAGCUCACCUGUGCUUUAUUUCCUGGUUGCAUACAUCAGGCCAGAAAUGGACUCUGAGUGGACCAUCAUCCAUGAGCCUGUGGAGUCGAAUUCAAUGGUUUUGAAGGGUCUAAUUCCUCAAACGAAGUAUCAGUUCAUCAUCAGAUCUGUAAACCAGCAUGGUGUCAGUUACCCCAGUCCAGUCAACCCCCCCACCCGCACCCUUGCAGGUCCAGGUGAAGUGGGCAGUGGUGAUCAGGAUCUCUACACUGAUGAUGUGGGGUUUGGUGUGGACUCAGAUGAUGAUAUCUUUAUAGAUGAGCUGAUAGAAGAACCUAUGAAGAACCUACACUUUCAACUGCGAUCACCAAGCAGUGCUUCUGCUUACGGAGAUGUCAUUAAAACAAAGACCUUUCACAACAUACCUGUCUUAAAAAACACACCAGAAAACACAACUGUCAUACAAAGCACACCUAAAAAUUCACUUGUCAGAAAAAACACACCUGAAAACACAUCUGAACUUCAGAACAAUGACAUGUCAAUCAAUAUAGUCUGGACAUUAAACACCACUACUGCUGCACCUAGCACAAUCCUCACAGCGCCUCCCACUACCAGCCCCAUGAUCACACCCUGGAAAGGAGUGGAGCCUCGUGUGUAUGAUGUGUCAUGUGAUGAGACAAUCUGCCCCCCCAACAGUUUCUGCAGUAACAACUACGACAGCGGUGGAUCACGAUGUCACUGCAACCUCGGUCUCCAUGGAGACCACUGCUCCGAAGGUGUGUCAAUCCGGUUUCCAAGGUUUUAUGGAUUUUCUCACAUGACAUUUGAACCCCUAAAGAACUCGUACCAGAGCUUCCACAUCACUCUGGAGUUCAAGGCGGACUCUGAGGAUGGUCUGCUCUUGUACUGUGGAGAGAAUGAACUUGGUCGAGGAGAUUUCAUGUCUCUUUCUCUGGUGCGCAGGAAACUUAAUUACAGGUUUAACUGUGGCACAGGGGCAGGGAAGAUCAUCAGUGACAGCUCUGUUGUGAUUGGUCAGUGGCACACAGUCACUCUUUUCCGAGACGGAGUUAAUGGCUGGCUACGACUCGACAAUGACACCCCUGUGUUUGGACACUCACUGGGUCACUACACCAAAAUAACGUUCCGUACUUCUCUGUUUGUGGGCGGGGCUCCUAGUGUUUACUGGCUUGUGAAGACAGUGGGAACAAAUCAGGGCUUUCGAGGAUGUGUUCAGAGCCUGUCAAUCAAUGGCAGAGACACUGAUCUGAGGCCUUGGCCUCAGGGAUAUGCCCUCAGUGGAGCAGACAUUGGUGAGUGCAGUACCCGUGUGUGUGACGAGGUGGUGUGUGAGCACAAUGGAGUGUGUUUCCCGACUCGUGCAGACAACUACACCUGCCUCUGUCCUCUGGGAUACAGAGGAGUUCACUGUGAGGAGAGCUUCGUGCUGUCUCUGCCUCGCUUCAGUGAGAGUGUGCAGUCAUAUGCCAGUGCCCCUUGGCCUCAGCACCCACAGGCAUAUCUUUCCUUCAUGGAGUUCCACAUUACCUUCAAACCUACCAGUCAGGAUGGGACUCUGCUCUACAGUCAUGACGAGUACAGUCGUGACUUCCUGUCCAUUGUUCUGGUGGGUGGUUUUCUGGAGUUCCAUUUCGACUGUGGCUCUGGAGCUGCGAACAUCAGGAGUGAGCAGUCUGUCAGUUUGAACAUGUGGCAUGAUUUAAGAGUGUCUCGUACUGCUAAAAGUGGUAUGCUGCAGGUGGACAAUCAGCGCCCAGUAGAGGGCAGUGCUGAGGGAGCAUUUACUCAGAUUAAAUGCAGUUCCCCUCUCUAUAUCGGUGGGGUUCCUGAUUACGACUCCACAAAAACAGGUGCUGGAGUAAUCAGACCAUUCAGUGGAGACAUUCAGAGGAUCACACUGAAUGACCGUGAGGUUGCUGUGGUGACGGGUCAUGUGGUGGGCGUUAAUGUUAUGAACACGCCCCACCCAUGUGUGGAGAACCCAUGUGCUAAUGGAGGAACCUGCAGAGCCAAACGAGAUGAGUACGAGUGUGACUGUACACUGGGGUAUGAUGGAAAACACUGUCAGAAAGAGUGUGGAAACUACUGCUUUAACUCGGUGACUGAAGCAAUUGAAAUUCCUCAGUUUAUGGGACGCAGUUAUCUGACAUAUGACAGUCAAGAGAUUCUUCAAAGGCUAUCUGGUUCUAGGACGAGUGUGUUCUUGCGCUUUAAGAGCUUCUCUAAGGAUGGACUGUUACUGUGGAUGGGAGAGAACCUGAGCCAAACUCACACUGACUAUCUGUCUAUAGGCCUGCAGGACGGAGCACUCAUCUUCAGUUAUGACCUGGGCAGUGGGGCUGUGUUUGUUGUGGUUAACGGAACCUUCAGUGAUGGAAAAUGGCACAGAGUGAAAGCAGUCAGGGAAGGGCAGAGUGGGAAGCUGACUGUGGAUGAUUAUGGAUCCGAGCUGGGACGAUCACCUGGCAAAAUGAGACAGCUCAACCUGAAUGGAGAACUUUAUAUAGGUGGGAUGAAGGAGAUUGCUCUUCACAGCACUCGUCAGUACCUGGCAGGUUUAGUUGGCUGUGUUUCACACUUCACUCUGUCCAGUGACUAUCAUGUGUCUCUGGUUGAGGACGCGGCCAAUGGCAAGAACAUUAACACCUGCAGCAACUAACUUUGAACACCUGAGGGAGAUUCUCCUUCUGCUCCUGAACUCACAGCAUGGCUGUCUAACACUGAUUAGGAUUCUGAUGAAGCUUAUAGAAGGUUAGAGAAAUAGUAGAAGCACCAGGAUGAAGCUGUUUGUGGAUAGUUGGUGGAGAUGCAGUUCAGCCUUGUGAUGUGUAAAGUGUGUUAAUGUUUCUGGUUGCAUUUCUUUCUCUCUCUCUCUGCAUGAGUUUCUGAUGUCUUUAUUUCCGUUUAUAGAAUUUAUCUAUUGUACAGUUUUUAUUUUCAUGCCUUUGUGUUUAAACACAUCUCACUCUUGCCAUCUAAUAUGUGACUUAUACCCUGUGUUAAGACUUUGUUUUUUUCCACAUUCGGACUCUCUCUUACUCUCUGUAUUAUUUUCUUUCACUUUUUCUUUUCCCUUUUUCCAUUUGAGUGCUGUAUUGGGGCAUCAUUUAUGAUGAAUCUAUAGUAGGCAUAUUACAUAUGAUAAAAAUAUCAACACCUUUUACUGCUUAAUUCAUUUUAUAAAAAUAUAAUAUCAAUAUAUCUUUAAUAGGUAUGUUGUGUUAUCUCUCUUAAUACCAGUAAGAAAUUGCUAGAGCAGUUUAGUGUUAGGUUAGUAGA